AUGCGUUCGAGUCGGCAAUUGAAAAAUCAAGAUUCACUCAAAGCUUCCAUUAAAAAAACCGUGCGAUUUCGGAUGAAACAGGAUGUGGAGCAGCCCUAUUCAACUUUAGACAACAUUGAAACACCUACGACAGCAUCGUCAGAAGAAAAUCUUGUGGUUUUUAGGUCACCCCCCAGAUUUGUACCUGGUUCAACACCUUGUCGUACUCCGUUCGAAGUGUUCAAACAUAUUCACAGAGCAGACGCUUCAGAACAUGGAGAAAAUGAUACAAAACUCAUUAAAAUCAUGUUAAUUUCGCCAACUAUUCUUCAAUCAAUCAACGUAGAAACUAUUUGUUGUGAAAGCACUUUUACCUUUAAACAAUUAGUCAGACAGCAACUUUCUCUAUAUUUUAAAGAUGAGCCACAAUGUAAAUACAUUGUAUCUGUUCUUGUUGGUAACACAAUCUUAGCAGAUUUCAAUCAACAACUCGGUCACACUGCAGCAAUCGAAAACGACGCAAUAGUUUACAUUCUUUUCCUGCCUCUGGACGAAGCACAAUUUUCAUAUAUCCCUGAAACGGUUCUUAAGCCCUAUUUUAACGAUUUAACUCAAUAUGAUCAGCAAACUAUCAACUUUUUCGUUCAUUAUCGGCGUCCGAUUGAUGAGAAACAUGAAUCAAUGUGGGAAGAAACGACUGAGUAUUGGGAACGAAUACCUGUCUCAUACCGUCUAGAGAAAAUUUUACGCGCAAUCAAUUCGAAAACGAAUCGGAAAUGUUACCUAUAUCUCAAUGGGAAUAAAAUUGCUCUUCAAAAUAAGAAAAGCAAAUCCUCACAAACGAUCAAUGAUGAGUUCAAGAACCUCGAAGGAAAAGAUCCAUUGAUGUUCGAUAUCAUUCACGAUGGUGAAGUGCCAAACAUUUAUGCCACCAUUCCAUGUACUCAUGAUAGUCGAUAUGAUUACACCGCUUUCCUUCAAUUAACUCGUAUUCAGCUCGAAAUCAUCCUUUGGGCGACGAACUUAGAUCAUACUUUUGCUCGAUUUCUCCACUUCUGUAAUAACGAUAAAUCGGGUGAAUUAACUACUCGUGAGUCCCGUAACGCCAUACUUACCAUUCUCCGGCUGAUUCGAGACGAGGAUAUCCAACCGAUAACACAUGACUCAGUAUUUGAUAUUAAAAUUGAUUGGGAUGAUCUCGAACCAACAAGAUGUGCUCAUUAUCUAUUACCUAUACCCGAAAACGCCGUUUCCAUCGACAUCUAUGCCUUUCGUGGUUUACUUGUUGACGCUCUAGUCCAUUACAUAAAGAUAACUAAGCUCAAGUUCAUCCGUCGACACAAUGAAAUCAAUCUGACGUUGCCUAUGGGAACCAUCUGGAAUCAAUCUGUUGAACCUUUUCUCGAAAAGGUUAAACUAGUCGUCCACGAGAAAUUAAUGACAUUGAAUAAAGAAAAGAAGGAAAUGUCAACGCAUAUUCUUCAAUUCACACGAACUUAUGCCAAAGAAAUGCUUCUUCCACCUGCCACUGUGUACAAAAUGGCGUAUAAGCACUUAAAGAAGAAGAGAAGUCGUUUCCUAUCGACUCUCAUUUCAAUACUCAUAUCAUUCUUAAUCACAAUCUGGAUAGUGAUCACGAUAGCGAACAUGGUUUUCUUCUAUUAUCAUUCGAAACAACUCAAAGAUAACGAAGAAAAUCGAAUCACAUCGACUGAGAUAUACUUUUCUUUAGCUUUGCUGAUUUACAUGGUUUUGCUCGAUUAUGUUGCUCGAAUGCUUCAAUCAUUAGCGAACGAGCGUCGAAAAAACCAUUCGCUCGGAAAUUCCCAUCGAGCAGCUGUGUAUGACCUCGUACGUUAUCAAGCACGGCCGACCAUCGUCAAAUCUUGUCUAAUUGAGAGGAAAAGAACGAAUUUCUCGUUAAACCUGGAAGAAGAUCUCGACGAAGAAAACAUUUUAACAUCGUUCUCGACUUUCUUUCGAAAGUUAUUGGAUCGUCAACAUCGCAUUGUUGGAAUUGUCAUUGUUAUCCUAGUUGCUUUACAUGUAUGUUCACCAAUCAUUGCACGUGAAAUCGUUAAGAAAAAGAACAGUGAGAAAACAAGUCCAUACCCAUGGUACGCACAGUUUAUCGUGAUUUCGUAUUUAGUCAUCAAUUUUACACCUUUCCUCUUCUUUAUGAUGAUGAUGUUUCGCGCAUUCGAAUGUUUUAGAAAUUUACAUCGAAACUAUUGUCAAACUUUGAAUAGCGCCUCUACGGAUAAAUCUUGUAAUGAACAAACUGAAACGAGUGUAGAAUAUUACAAUAUCGAAAAAUCGGCCAACCUCGAGUAUUUUCUGUUGAAAUUAAAACGAAUCUUAGGUCGUUGUAAAACAACUCGCAUUCGAAUUCAUUUGUUUACAGCCACAUUCGGAUUUACAAUUUGUAUGACUUUACUACUGAUUUCAGUUGUGCAAAUAUUGAGUGGAACGACCCUCGACGAGUUUCAGCAAAAUCCACAAUCGAUCGCGAUAUUCAUCGAUUUAAUUAUCGUUGCUUUACCUGUGAUUUCUAUUCUCGUCGUUGUCUCGAAUAUCAACCAUGUGUCGACAACGAAACUCAUCCAAAUAUUGCAACGUGCGCAUGUUGAAGCUGUCAGGAAAGUCGAAUUACAAAUUGAAAAUGGCGACAACGAGGCUCGUAGACGAAGAAUGGAUAAGACGGAUACUGAUUUACUCUAUUUGAAAAGUUCAACGGAAUAUAUUCGAGAUAGUUUUCAAGAAUAUCAAAUUCGACUCUUUGGAGUAUUCGUUAUAGACCGAUCGUUGGUGAUGAAAAUUUUGAUUUUAGCUGUUUCCGUCACCUUCUCGAAAAUGUUCAAGUUACUUCAGGAAAAAGUGAUCGUAGAACACAAGAAGUUGGAAUGCAAAUGUGGAUAA